AUGGGCAGUGAGUUACAGCUGGUAAGCCUGCUGCUGAUUGGGAUUGCGGCGUGGGGAAUCGGCUUCGGCCUCAUCUCUAGUUUCAGAGUGGUUGGAGUGGCAAUUGCAGUAGGAAUCUUCCUCUUCCUUAUUGCUUUAGUGGGAUUGAUUGGUGCAGUGAAACAUCAUCAAGUAUGGCUGUUCUUUUACGUGAUUAUUCUUUUGCUAGUCUUUAUUGUCCAGUUUUCUGUCUCCUGUGCAUGUUUGGCACUAAACAAGGAACAGCAGAGUCAACUUCUGGAGGUGGGAUGGAAUAACACUAACAGUGCAAGAGCAGAUAUUGAGAGAAAUCUGAAUUGUUGUGGAUACAGAGUUUUUGAUCCAAAUGAAACCUGCUCCUCUGGUUGUCUUAAAAGUCACCAGUGUCAACCAUGUGCACCGAUAAUAGAAGAAUAUUCUGGCAUGGUGCUGAGAUUUGUUGGAGGCAUAGGACUCUUCUUCAGUUUCACAGAGAUUCUGGGAGUCUGGCUGACGUAUAGAUACAGGAACCAAAAGGAUCCUCGUGCAAACCCUAGUGCAUUUCUCUGAUAAGUUUAUAAAGGACUGAAUCAUCUCUCUGCACCCUCUGCUUCAAAGUACUGAUUCUAGAUAGUUUGGUAUUUCUCCAUAAUAGGGAUCCUACACAUACCCAAAUUAAAACUUUAAUUUCCAUUAAAUUCCGUAGUUGUCAUAUUUAAUUUCCCACUAUUUAUCUUUUAAGAGUCUUUAUGUUGAAGUAGAUGGGUGUAUUCAGAAGCUGGGCAGAGCCAGAGUGCUGCUCUGAGCCAAUCAAAUAACUCUGUUCAGACUUUGGUAAUUGAUGUGAUGAACUCUCUACAAUGAGUUUUAUGGCACUACUGACUCCUCAAAAGAACCCAAAAAACCAAAGUAUUUCCUGCCGUGUUCAUUGAUUACAAAAAUUCACAUGAUUUCUCAUUAAAAUGA